AUGGUCCACUAUCGCUUCUUUGCCUUUGCCGGUCUAGCCGCGGCUCUACCGCUCAACAUCAACCUCGGCGCCUACUCGCCGGCCCUGGUAGUCGGUGAUGGUGAAAUCAGCUUCGGAGGCAAACAAGAUGUUUCCGCUUUAAUGAACGCCCUUGAAGGGGCUGCCGUUAACGCCGCGGCAGGUGCGGCUGCUGCUCCCGCGACUGUCGCUGCUCCCGCGGUGCCUGCUACGGUGCCUGCGCCAGCCGAGACCCCCGCCGCCGUUGAGGCCGCUCCCGUCGACCCGGCUCUCUCGCAGCAAGCCGCCGCUCUUCUGGGCAUGGGCAAAGAGAUUGCCCCCCGUGAAGACACCGACAACGCUGACGCCCACGUAGCGAAGCGAGAUCUCUCCGGAUUCGACCGGGCGCUCACCUUUGCCGAAGCUGCCCUGACCAAGGGACCCGAUAUCCAGCUUGGAACUGGCGCCGAGGGCUCGGGCGUCGGCAUCAUUAUCGAUAACCAACCCACUGCUGUCAAGGCUGAGAAGGCUGAGAAGCGUGAUUUUAAUGAGGCCACUGCCCCAAGGCGUCGGGCUAAGGUGACCACCAUGUACGUUCGCCGGGGUGUUCCAGCUUCACUCCAGAGCAGCUCGAAUGAAGUCGUCGCCCGCGAGAUCACAGCCCCUGCCCCAACCACACAGAAGCAGCAAGCACGCGGCGUUGAGGCGCCGGCAUCUGUAUCAAGGCGCGACGCCAUCGACGCCGUCAACCUCAACGUCGACGGCGAUGCAGGGCUCACCAUGACGUUUAUAGAGGAGGUUGAAGAGGACGACGAAUGA